AUGGAAGUGGGCUCGGCGGCCGAAGAUGGUCGGGAUGGUUCCCGGGAGCGGCGAGGCUUGGGUGAAGCCAAGAGGCCGCAGCAGAACCAUGAAGUGUGGCCUCAGUCCGGGGCAGACCGGUUACCAAAACAUUCCUGCUGGUUGGAUCUCUGGCUCUUCGUCCUCUUAGACGUGGUGUUGUUCUUCUUCGUGUAUUUUUUGCCCUGAAUGGUUUGCCUGGUACCUAAAUUAAGAAUUUUGGCUCCUGGAGUGGAUCCUGAAAAUGACUACAAACU